AUGGAGCAGAAGCCAUUGAUUGAGGUGAGGACUCUCACCGUGGAUCAGGCCGAGGGCUCCUCCGCCCCAUUGACGGCCCCACUGCAUAUUCGGCUUCAGUACAGUGUGGGAAGAACUGUGCAGGCACCGCAGUGGCGUGUGGUGUAUGAGGCGGAUAUUGCGUAUAAACGAGCUGCCGUGCCGCUUCUCACUUCUUCAUCAUCUCUCUUUUCACUACCACUACCAUCAACAUCAAUAUCAACAUCCUUAGCGACACCAUCGGCUUCUCCUUCCUGUUUCUCAACAUCCUCAACGACAGCCACUGCUAAAGAUUCCGCAUCAUUUCUGCGGCACACUCCCAUUCUCAACGGGGCUGCAUUACUGCCAGGAGAGUUAUAUGAGUUGGAAGUAUAUCUUCAUACCAUAGAUGUAUUGUCUGUUGUGCCGGAGACGUUUCUUUUACAAGUAAGUCUUCUGCGCCUCGCACUCUUUGAUACGACGGCGUCUGAUCAUCAUGAUGAUGAGAGUGAUGGGAAACAGAAUGGCAAUGAUAGGGAGGUGGGAAGUGUGAACUUUGUGGUGCAGGUAGGAAAGAAUGAAGAGGGGAUGUUGAUGCGGCUGGUGAUGAAUCCAAUGAAGUAA